CUUUUAAAGGGGGGAGGGGCAUUUUCCAGCAAGCACGGCUGACCUCGUGUCCUGUGGGAAGGCAGCCCCUUUGCAACGUCAUUUCCUGUUGGCAGCCAGGCCCGGACUGCGGUAGGGAAGGCUGGGCUGGGGUUGGGGCUACUCAUCGUCUUCCAGCAGAGGCUGGUGCCUUCAUCCCUCUAACCCUGGCAGACGCAGAUGCAGGCGUGAAGCAAGGGGUCUUGCGUGUGGCUGGCAGGUCAGGUCCAGCCCCUGGAUGUGGGGGCCUUUCUCCCCGAGAGGGAACUGACCCCAGGACUCCUUUUUAUGCAGCUGCUUGCAAAAAAUAUUCCCCUCCCAGCCCCAAAUACCCCUCUCCCCCAUGUCCCCUGGCUGAGCUGAGCUGGAGGUUUCCUUCAUUUCUGAUCAUCCAGUUGCCCCACUGGAGUCACUGGGAUGUGGAUUCCCAGGGCUGCCUGUAGGCAGCUGGCAUUUCCAUCCAUCCAUGCCCCCAGCCAAGUGGUACCAAAGGAGUCCUUAGAGAUGGGACCUAUCUUCAUGGGGCACCCCAGGGGGUGUCGCACCACACCCGGCUGCUGCAUCCCUACAGGAUGGACCUCUUGGCCCCUUGUCGCUCCUCCCUCCCGUGCCCUGGGGACCAGGCCCUGAUGGGCCAAUGAGGUGCCCAGCUCAGCACGUCCAGCCAAGCCUGGUGCUCCCUUCCCCAUGGGAAUCACGCUCCCAAGCCCCCUGGGCCUUGCUGAAAUCUCUCCUGUGCCUCCCCAGGCCCUCUGUACCUGCCCAUGGGCCUGUUCCCCCCCUUCACCCGGCUCCCGUAGGGGUGGAUCUAUCACCGCUUCCCCUCGCCAUCUUUCUCGGGUCGGGGGGCCAAGGCAGAUUUCAGAAGCCCCCAUUGAAUCUCCAGCCAUGGCUGCUAGCUCCGACAUGGGACAGACCUGUCUUCUGGCCUCCUGCCCCUCUCCGAGCAGGGGGUUGACUUCCACCCCCAGCGUCUUCCUGUCCUCUUCUCGUGCCCCCAUCAAGCUCUUGGGCCGGCAGCCUGAUGGACGCUGCAGCCCCCCGAAGCCUCUCCCUGGCUUCCCCACUCCCUCCCAAGAUGACUCCUCUUGAUGACGGAGCUGAAUCUGCAUUGACACCCCCCCUCCCGGUGUGACUUCAAGGAGCGCUCCGGGGGGCACGGACCCAGGGCCGGUGUUUUUAGCACAUCCUGUCGGAGCCGUUUCCAGGCUGGGGAAUCGCCCGGCGCGACAGACCCCAGGUCUCGGCAUCCCCAGAGCUUCCCGGCCCUGGGUCCCAAGCGGGCGAGGUCCCUCCUGCGUGACGGCAGAGCCGCGUCCUGCAGCCGGACACGGCGCGUUCCCGCCCCCCCCCCCCCCCCCCCCCGGUGUCUCCGUCCAGGCCCCGCAAGCUGGCGGCUUCGCCCCGAGCACGCUGCGUCAAAGUGAGCGAGAUCCAGUAGCCAGCGGCGUCAGCGGGGGCGUUGACAGCGCUGCUCUGGCCACAAAUCAGCCGUGGGGGGUUUCUCCACCUGGUGACAGCGGGGGGCAGUCUCCACCUGCCCCCUCCCAGGACGGGCUCGGCCUCUGGUGACAUCAUCAGCCCAAGGGGAUGGGGUGCUUGGGGACGGCCCCUCCACCAACCAAAGGGCUCCAAGCCCCGCCCUGCCUCCCGCAUCCACCGAGCCGAGGAGACCUCCGGUCCUUCCCCUCGCUGCGCUCCCGCCAAGUCUCGGUCAUCGCAGCGAGCUCGGGCCGUAGCCGCCCCCCGGACGUGUCCCCUGUACUCCGCCGGGCGGCGCGGGCAGCCCACGCGGGCCGGAUGCGGCCUGGGGAGGGGGCGGAGACCCCCGCAGAGCACUCUGUGCCCCCGGUUAGCAGCGACCCGGGUCCCCGCCCCGCGGGGGUCCGCCAGCUCUGCAGGCCGGGUCCGGCCCUGGGGCCCUACACCCCCCCACCCCCCCUUGGGGCAAUUCCUGGUUUUUUUGUGGUUUUUUUGGUACCUUCUCGGUUUCUUUGUACGGUCGAAAUAAACCGACACUUUGUUCAACGCCUGGAGCCGGAGAGUUAUUGGGGGGGGCGCGGGGGGGGCGGACCUCGGGCGCUUCUCUCCCCCGCGGGGAGCCCGCCCCGAACCUGGUGCAGGGGCGGGGCUCUUCUCCCCGGAAGUGACGCCACGCCCACUCCCAAAGCCGGGCGGACGCUCGAGGGCGGGCAAGACCUCCCCGGAAGUGACGGGCCUCCCGGCCGCCCACUUCCGGUGCCCGUGGCUAUUUAUUUCCGGCGCCGCCGCUCCGCCCUGCUCCGUCAUUUCCGGCGCCGGGACUCGAUCGGGACUCACCAUGCCGCUGCCUGUGUCUGCGCCCGCCGCCGCCCGCGCCAUGCUCCGCGCCCGCCGCCCCGCGCCCGCCCCCGCGCCCCGCGCCGCCUCCUCCGCCGCCCCGGGCCCGGCCCCGGCCCCGCUCAGCGCCCUGGUCAGGGGGACCCCGGGAUAACCGCCCCGGAGAGCGCCAUCGGCCUGGGCACCUUCUUCCUGUCCUUCCUGGUCCCGGCCGGCUGGAUCCUGGCCCACCUGGAGAGCUACAAGAAGCGCGACUGAGCCGGGGCCAGACCCUGCCGCCUCCCCCCACCCCGGGCCAAGCCCUGCGUCCACUCCAGCACUGAGGGACCAAGGAGCCCCCCGCCCGCAUGGCUUCCCGCUGUUACAAUAAACCCCUUCCCUGCUGA